CACAGUUCACUGCAGCCUCUGACUCCUGGACUCAAGCAAUCCUCCCACCUCAGCCUCCCAAGUAGCUGGGACUAUAGUGCAAGCCACCACACCUGGCUAAUUUUUAAAUUUUUUGUAGAGAUGGGGGUCUCACUAUCUUGCCCAAGCACCAAAGCCUGUAUUUUUGACCCCAACAUUGAAUGAGGAUGGGAUCUGGUGAUGGAGGGAAAAAAAAGAGGGGGCUGAUUGAAGGGCACAGGUAAGGGAAGGUUUGGCACAAAGGCUACAGAUGGCUGCAGGAUGAGGAGGGAGUUGAGACCUGUCCUGCUCCUUCCAGGCUGCUGGGCCUUUGCAACAACUUCUCUUAUGUGGUGAUGCUGAGUGCCGCCCACGACAUCCUUAGCCACAAGAGGACAUCGGGAAACCAGAGCCAUGUGGACCCAGGCCCAACGCUGAUGCCCCACAACAGCUCAUCACGAUUUGACUGCAACUCUGUCUCUACGGCUGCUGUGCUCCUGGCGGACAUCCUCCCCACACUCGUCAUCAAACUGUUGGCUCCUCUUGGCCUUCACCUGCUGCCCUACAGCCCCCGGGUUCUCGUCAGUGGGAUUUGUGCUGCUGGAAGCUUCGUCCUGGUUGCCUUUUCUCAUUCUGUGGGGACCAGCCUGUGUGGUGUGGUCUUCACUAGCAUCUCAUCAGGCCUUGGGGAGGUCACCUUCCUCUCCCUCACUGCCUUCUACCCCAGGGCCGUGAUCUCCUGGUGGUCCUCAGGGACUGGGGGAGCUGGGCUGCUGGGGGCCCUGUCCUACCUGGGCCUCACCCAGGCCGGCCUCUCCCCUCAGCAGACCCUGCUGUCCAUGCUGGGUAUCCCUGCCCUGCUGCUGGCCAGCUAUUUCUUGUUGCUCACAUCUCCUGAGGCCCAGGACCCUGGAGGGGAAGAAGAGGCAGAGAGCGCAGCCCGGCAGCCCCUCAUAAGAACCGAGGCCCCGGAGUCGAAGCCAGGCUCCAGCUCCAGCCUCUCCCUUCGGGAAAGGUGGACAGUGUUCAAGGGUCUGCUGUGGUACAUUGUUCCCUUGGUCGUAGUUUACUUUGCCAAGUAUUUCAUUAACCAGGGACUUUUUGAACUCCUCUUUUUCCGGAACACUUCCCUGAGUCACGCUCAGCAAUACCGCUGGUACCAGAUGCUGUACCAGGCUGGCGUCUUUGCCUCCCGCUCUUCUCUCCGCUGCUGUCGCAUCCGUUUCACCUGGGCCCUGGCCCUGCUGCAGUGCCUCAACCUGGUGUUCCUGCUGGCAGACGUGUGGUUCGGCUUUCUGCCAAGCAUCUACCUCGUCUUCCUGAUCAUUCUGUAUGAGGGGCUCCUGGGAGGCGCAGCCUACGUGAACACCUUCCACAACAUCGCCCUGGAGACCAGUGAUGAGCACCGGGAGUUUGCAAUGGCGGCCACCUGCAUCUCUGACACACUGGGGAUCUCCCUGUCGGGGCUCCUGGCUUUGCCUCUGCAUGACUUCCUCUGCCAGCUCUCCUGAUACUCGGGAUCCUCAGGACGCAGGUCACAUUCACCUGUGGGCAGAGGGACAGGUCAGACACCCAGGCCCACCCCAGAGACCCUCCAUGAACUGUGCUCCCAGCCUUCCCGGCAGGUCUGGGAGUAGGGAAGGGCUGAAGCCUUGUUUCCCUUGCAGGGGGGCCAGCCAUUGUCUCCCACUUGGGGAGUUUCUUCCUGGCAUCAUGCCUUCUGAAUAAAUGCCGAUUUUAUCCAUGGA